CAACUCUCACUUCUGACCUGACACCCUCAAAUCCGCCCUCUUGGGCCAGCUUCCGUCCCUCAGUCUUUUCAUUGUUGUCAUCUCCUCGCCCUGCCCUUCGCGGCAAGCUGUCGCUCAUUGCGUAGUCACCGCCCCAGUCCCGCCCCUCGUAGCACGUCGUCGCACGACGAGUGCGUAAUCGCCACGGCGCUUUACGGCUGUCGUGCUCCCUGUCUCUGUCAGCAUGGAGGUGGAGGAGUCGGAGAAGGCAGCCACGGAACCAGAUCCGCCAGAAGGGACGGAGCAGGAACUAGAGGAGGAAGAGGACCAGGAGGAAUCCACAGAAACGGGCCGCAGCAAGAAGAAGCGGGUGGUGCCGGGAAUUGUAUACUUGGGCCACGUCCCGCCGCGCUUCCGUCCCUUGCACGUGCGCAACCUCUUGAGCGCCUACGGAGAGGUCGGACGCGUGUUCUUUCAGGCGGAAGAUCGGUUCGUGAGACGCAAGAAAAAAGCAGCAGCAGCGGCCACAGGAGGAAAAAAGCGGUCGAAGUACAGCAAAGACUACACCGAAGGCUGGGUAGAGUUUCGGGACAAGCGCAUAGCCAAGCGCGUGGCGGCCAGUCUGCACAACACGCCCAUGGGUGCCCGCAAGCGCAGCCCGUUCCGUUAUGACCUGUGGAAUCUCAAGUACCUGCACCGGUUCACCUGGUCCCACCUCAGUGAACACCUUGCCUUUGAGCGCCAAGUACGGAGGCAGCGCCUGAGAGCAGAGGUUGCCCAAGCCAAGCGGGAGACUGACUUCUAUCUUCGAAGUGUGGAGCGAGGACAGCGCUUCCUUGCUGCUGAUGGGGACCCUACCCGACCAGAUGGCUCCUGGGCAUUUGCCCAGCGGCCCACUGAGCAGGAGCUGAGGGCCCGGAAGGCAGCGCGGCCAGGAGGGCGUGAGCGGGCUCGCUUGGCUGCAGUCCAGGACCAGGCGCGCUCCAACCGAGGGCUCCUUGCCAAGAUCUUCGGAGCUGCGCCCCCCUCGGAGAACACAGAGGGACCUUCUCGGGUCAGGGACUCCUGAGGGAAUGGGAGACCCCUUCCGGCCCCCGGCUCUGCCUUUCUCGUUCUACCUCACACUAGGGAGACUGACCACACAGGCAAACAUUUUAUUGUGUUUCCCUGGUGAGGACCCAGAAACGCAAGUGUUUCAGGCUUCCUUUCUCCUUCCUCCCGACUCCUGUACGUGUUUGGCUGAAAUGCCUAAUUCCUGUGGUGUGGAUAUGACUACUGUAGGAGUUGGUUUUCCUCUGCUUGACUUUUGGCUGGCUGUCUCGCUGGGUUUCCCUAAAACUCCCACUUGCCGGUCCCAGAAAGGCCCUUUAUUGCUAAUCAGAGGAACGGCUUGUUAGGGAGUCAGGUUGUGUUUACCAUCCAUAGGUGAGGGGGCAGCAGCAUCUUUGUUUCUUAAUUGAAAGCAAGUAGAGCAGCUAAUAAAGUGGGACUGGGAUGGAAACCAUCUUUGAAAUUUUUUUACAGAAAAGGAAGAAUAUGACUGUUUCUACAUACUUUUAGAUUCGGGGGAUGGAGCCCAUUGAACAAGUUAGAAGUUUUUCUUGUAUUCCAUCUGUUCAUUUUGCUUCAUCUCCUGUUCUCAGCCUCCAUUCUACCUGAACCCCACCUCCUCCCCGCCUUUCUCUGAGUGUCUGGUAGGCAGAAUUUGUCAUGGCAGAGUAUGUCAUGUCUCCCAAACUGAGCAGGAAUCCUGAGACUGAAAAAUUGAAUUGGGAAGCGCCAUAUAGGAAUACAAGAGUUUAUUAAGGGAACUUACACACUGCAUUCCAGACCAGGAUGGCAGGUGGUCUGGGCAGAGCUGUAGCAAGGUUUAUUCCACACACAACCCUUCAAGGCAAGCCUAGGGGCUGGAGUUGUGACAUAGCAGGUUAAGCUGCCUUUUGCAACACCAGCAUCCUACAUCAGAGUGUCAGUUUGAGUCCCAGCUGCUUCUGAUCCAUCUCCCUGUUAAUGUGCCUGAGAAAGCAACAGCAGCAGGUGGCCCACAUGCUUGGGUUCUUACUCUCCACGUACGAGAGUAGGAUAGAGUUUCUGGCUUUGGCCAGAAAUAAUCUUCAAAAGCAAGGCUUUAUACAUUGGCAAGUUAAUGGAAAGCUGGGGUAGGAACUUUGUAUUUUAACUCUCCUGUACUAUUCUCUAGAUACAGCCUUCUGGGCUGUCCACCUCUUUAGAAAGGUUUGUGAUAGCACUUAAACUCUGACUGGAGAAUGACACCACCAGUUAGCCUGGCAGGAGGUCCGUGUCCUGUAAGGAUGAAUAGUGUGGUAGCACUAUGGUUUGCUGUCUCACACAUUGAUUUUUUUUCUUUUCUUUUUAAUUUAUUUAUUUGAAAGGCAGAAAUACACAGAGGGAAGGAAGGAGAAAGAUCUGUUUACUGGACUCCCUUAAUGGUCGCAACACAUUCUGGGUCUCCCAUGUGAGCACAAGAACCCAGGCACUUGGGCCAUCCUCUGGUGCCCUCCCAGGUACAUCAGCCGGGAGCUGGUUCAGAAGCAGAGCAGGCGGGACUGGAGCUGGCUCCCGUAUCAGGUGCUGGUGCUGCAGGCAGAGACCCCACACACUGAUUUCUUAGCCCACAUUGUCAGUAUCUAAUUCGGUAUUUACUAAGGCACACUUGAGGAAACAGUGGUGAUGGGUGAUAACAUGGCCACUGGUGGUAGGAAUGGGGCUGUGGAAGGGCGUGGAGUGCUCCUACUGCAGACCUGAUUUGUGAUUACAGUCUUUUUUUUUUUUUCUUUUUUUUUUUUUUUUUUGACAGAGUGGACAGAGAGAGAAAGGUCUUCCUUUUGCCAUUGGCUCACCCUCCAAUGGCCAUCGUGGCCGGUGCACUGCGGCCGGCGCACCACGCUGAUCCAAAGCCAGGAGCCAGGUGCUUAUCCUGGUCUCCCAUGCAGGUGCAGGGCCCAAGCACUUGGACCAUCCUCCACUGCCUUCCCAGGCCACAGCAGAGAGCUGGCCUGGAAGAGGGGCAACCAAGGCAGAAUCUGGAGCCCCAACCAGGACUAGAACCCGGUGUGCCGGCGCCGCAGGUGGAAGAUUAGCCUAUUGAGCCACAGCACCGGCCUGUGAUUACAGUCUUAAGACUCAGUCUGCACUGUGUUUUCCAGAUCAUUCCUGCCAAGUGAACUAGGAAGAUGAUAGAGCAGUAGUCUGAAAGAACUUGUGCUCCCUUAGUUGGAAACGUUUGAUGAAUGAGUUGUCACAUUCAGAACACUGUAAAGAUGGGUAAAACCUAGAGGAGGGGGCUGGGAACAGAUCCUUCUCAGGUGCACUUAACAGUACUAGAGCUUGCAAACAGGUGAGCAAAGCAGCCCUGGGGCUUCAGAGAAUCAAUGCAAGCCACUGCAAGGCAUGGAGAACUCCAAUAUUACAAUAAACUAAGAAACCUUCA